AUGUACCAGACCUCUUUAGCCGACGCCUCUUUGGCCGUCGACGACCGUCUGCCCUCAGCCUCCUCCCGAUUGGCACGUUCUCGCGUUGCCACUCUGCACGCACAGUCGAUCGCGGCUGCUCGCUCGUACCCUGCAUUGCCAACACUAAUGCCGGGUGCUGCUACUACUGCUGCUUACAGUAGUCCCCCCCUUCGAACUGACCACUUCAUGGCGCGGCCUCGGCGCCUCCCCGAGCAGCAACCACGGUAUACCGGACAGCGGGAAUGCCGAUCGCGAUGUCGGCCCAUCGAGGAUGGAUCCCUUCUGUUCGCGACGACCACCUUCACGCGGGCUGAUCAUCCGCGCGGUGGUCAGGUGCGUCAUGGACAUUCGAAUCACAAGGCGGGCGCAUUCGAGGCGGCACACGGGCCUCACAACGGGCGAGGUGCCAGGCGCAAGAAGAAGCAGACGGGUGGACUGCGAUGGAAAUGCGAAUCUAUAAAACGGUUGCAGCAGGGUCGAUGGAGGACGGCAGGCGUCGAAGGAAGACACAACCCGACAACGGGGAUUGGUCGCAGCUCUCGGGAUGAUGUUAUGCGCAGCUCGCAUCUACUCCAGUUCAAGUUGGACGAGUCUAGGACACUGGCUGGCCGGGAGCUCCGUGACUUGACCCCGAACCGCAACGGCCGGAGGGGGCAACUACCUGAGCUCCGGCAACCUCGACUUCUUCCUUCUCCCCUCACCUCCGCCCAUCCCUCGCCUUUGCUCUCGGGGUGCCUUUCUCGGUUGCCACCACCUGCCCCCGAAAUCGUCGUCUCGACACUACCUGCCAUCACGCGCCCGGUUUUCUGUGUUCCCUUUCAAAAGCUUGACGCCCGUGCAUGCAACUCCCUCUCCCAGCCUCCCCUCUCCUUCGACUCCAACCCCCCUCCCCGGCGCAUCUCGCCUUCUUCCCCUUUCGCCUGCCCCGUCGACCGCUUACAGUGCCCUGAUGCGGGCCUGCUGAGGAGGUAUGAGUGGAAUCGCGACCACCUGCUGGUCGCGGAGCCCGGUCGCGAGACGGCAUCUACGAAACCACCCUCGCCGAUAAUGAACGUGAAGCUGUCUCUGACUUGCUGGGCUACCUUGAGAACGUAUGUCGACCUGCUUGUCUCUUCCUUUUUUCCCCUCGUCACCCGAUCCAAGGCGGCGUGGGCUCUACGACGUAACGAAACCGAUUUUUUUACCGGCGAACCUCUGCGAGCUCUGAGUACUCUUGUCUAUUCUGAUAAUGUCGACCUGCAGCGCAGUGCAAGCUUGACUUUUGCAGAGAUCACGGAGCGAGAUGUACGUGAGGUCGACCGCGAUACGCUUGAGCCAAUCCUGUUCCUGCUUCAGAGUUCCGACCUUGAAGUCCAGCGAGCUGCUAGUGCCGCCCUGGGCAAUCUUGCCGUCAAUGCUGAUAAUAAGGUCCUGAUUGUCUCCCUGGGAGGGCUGGCCCCUCUGAUCCGCCAAAUGAUGUCGCCCAACGUGGAGGUACAGUGCAACGCAGUGGGAUGUAUCACGAACCUGGCUACACACGAAGAAAACAAGGCCAAGAUUGCUCGCUCAGGCGCGCUGGGGCCCCUCAUCCGCCUGGCAAAAUCAAAAGAUAUGCGUGUCCAGCGUAAUGCGACAGGCGCGUUGCUGAACAUGACCCAUUCGGAUGACAACCGCCAGCAGCUCGUUAAUGCUGGAGCUAUUCCUGUUCUCGUUCAUCUACUUUCUUCUCCCGACGUCGACGUUCAAUACUACUGCACCACGGCCUUGAGCAACAUCGCCGUAGACUCCACAAAUCGCAAGCGCCUGGCCCAGACCGAAUCUCGCCUGGUUCAGUCAUUGGUUCACCUGAUGGACUCUUCCACUCCCAAGGUCCAAUGCCAAGCUGCACUGGCCUUGCGCAACCUUGCCUCUGACGAAAAAUAUCAGCUGGAGAUUGUUCGGGCUAAGGGCCUGACACCUCUUCUGCGACUUCUCCAAUCCUCCUACCUCCCUCUGAUACUCUCUGCUGUUGCAUGCAUUCGCAACAUCUCUAUUCACCCUCUCAACGAGUCCCCUAUUAUCGAGGCCGGUUUUCUGAAGCCUCUGGUGGACUUGCUUGGAUCUACCGACAAUGAAGAGAUCCAAUGCCAUGCCAUAUCCACGCUGCGCAACCUUGCCGCCAGCUCUGAUCGCAACAAAGAACUUGUCCUGCAGGCCGGUGCAGUUCAGAAGUGCAAGGAUCUGGUUCUUCGAGUUCCCCUGACUGUCCAGUCCGAAAUGACUGCUGCAAUCGCCGUGUUGGCCCUCAGUGAUGAGCUGAAGCCUCAUCUUCUCAGUCUAGGCGUUUUCGAAGUGCUGAUUCCGCUGACAAACUCGGAGAGUAUCGAAGUACAAGGGAACAGUGCAGCUGCCCUUGGCAAUCUAUCCUCGAAAGUGGGCGACUAUUCGAUUUUCGUACGAGACUGGGCUGAUCCCAACGGAGGAAUUCACGGCUAUCUACAGCGCUUCCUUGCGAGCGGCGAUCCGACUUUUCAGCACAUCGCCAUCUGGACGGUUCUCCAGCUCCUGGAGUCGGAGGACGCGAAGCUUAUUGGCUACAUUGCCAGGUCUGACGAUAUUGUACAAAUGGUGAAAUCAAUCUCAGACAAGGACAUCGGUACUGGCUCCGACGACGAUGAAGGCGAGGAUGGCGGUGAGGGCGAAGUCAUCGCGCUCUCGCGACGAUGUCUCGAAUUGCUCGGUGGAGGUGCUAACCAGACUCUGGUGGAGGCAUAG